AUGACAGAAGCCUUGACCGUGGUAGGCGCCGUUGCAUCCGUCAUCGAGCUGGUAGACUUCAGUACAAAAGUAUUUGACCGAGUCAAUCAAUACAUUCACCGUGUCGAUGAAGCUCCAGAGAACCUACGAGAUAUCGCAAUCCACCUGCCUCUCUUCAUCGACGCAUUACGUCGGAUCCAGUUUCAUAUCGACUUCGGCCACUUUAAUCCGCAAACUUCAUCCGCGCUGAAGAUUUUAAUCGACGAAUGCUUUUCACAAAUGAAUGCGCUUGACGACCUCAUGACAAAGUUGACACCUGAACAGGGUGAUUCUAAGUUGACAAAGACUUGCAAGGCAAUUCUCAGUCUGAAGGACGAAAAAGCAUUGGAAUGCAUCUUCUCAAAAGUCUCCGGCUAUAUCAAGAUGCUGCUCCUUUAUCAAAACUCCGUUACUUCAACUCACACUAUGGCAAACACUAAGCUAGUGCUGAAGGAAAUCGAGAAUAUAUCCUUCUUGAAGCCAGCUACGGGGAUAGACUCUGUUACGAUGGGGGCACUUGUGGUAGACUCCGAGAGCAUAUCUACGGGAAACAACACGCAAUGUGCGGGUUCUAAAAGUCUCGCCAAAUACUACAAACGGACCAAGCAACGCCGAAUAUCAUACUUUGUGGGACUCACCAGGUUUGGCUUGCUUUGGGCUUUCCAGGCAGACUUAGAUCUCUCGUGGGGCAAUUAUGGUUUCUCUAUCAGUCCUAGCCUUCAUUUUCAACAGCUGGUCAAGAAUACGUCGCCUGGGUUUCAGUUGGUAUUCAAAUGUUCCAAAGAGAAGCUUGACAUUCAAACAUCAUGUGGCAACCUGCUCAGAUUAUUUCAAGUGGGGACUGUCUCUCCGUGGGAUAUUUUCCCCGAUGGAGCGACAUGGCUCGAGGUAUGUUAA